GACACUCAGUACGCCAAAAAGCUGCUUUGCCUUCGGAUUUAAUCCAUAGAAGCAAAAUCCCACGCAUUUCAAGCCCACUCAUCUGUUUUCAUCGACCAACCCUCGUCAGCAUCCCUGCGCAUGCUCAAACAUCGAUCCAAAAUACUGUUUAGGUACCAAAGGAAGCAAAGACUGAGAAAUUUCCGAUCUUUCAUCUGUCAGCCAUAUUCUCUAUUACAAAAUCAUUUCGAAAACAAAUCAGCAUCUUAUUUACUUCCAGCAUGUAAUCAACAAAUUUCAAACUACCUACUAGUAUUUAUUUUUUCACUGUCUAAACCUUUAUGCAACCACUCUACAGAUAAGAGCUUAAGCCAAAAAAAAUGGCAAAUGCAAAAGAAAGAAACGGAGAAAAAGAUUCCAGUGCUGAAACUUCAUCCGGAAGCAAAGGUACUGCUGCUACUGGAACAGUACGUCCUAACUGGAAUGUCAUGGCGGUAAGAGGAAAAGUUACAGACAAAUGUCUAUGGUCUGCUUGCAAAGCUAUGACUGUAGGAUUUCUUUGUAUAAUCAUUGGGGCUGUUAUGGCUACUUUAGGUUUUUAUACCGAUCAUUUAUCAAAAGUAGAAGAGACAAAAGGUAACACAACUGUAUGGGUAAAAAAUGAAGCUAAAGAUUCUAACUUAGGGUUUCUCACAUACUUAGGACCAGUUGUAAUGGGAAUAGGUGGAUUUACAAUAGUGGCCGCUUGCGUUAUGACAUUUGAAGCUCGGGAUACAGCAGCCAAAAUCGUUCCAAUAUGGUUCAAACGCACAAGAAUCCAUGUAGUUUCUGGCGGAAGUGGAAGUACUCCUUCUGGUAGAUCCAGCAAAGCUUCAUGGGAAAGAUUUCUUUCACAACAAAGAAGCAGUGAAGAUACAGCAGAUACUCGAACAGCGGUAACUCAAGCUUUAGUGAAUUUCAGCAAAUAUCUGCAAAACAGUGUUGAUACAAACAAAAUUGCCUUGAAUCAAGCAACUACGAAAAAUUCUCAAAACAUUGGGUUAAGAAAAUGUCCCUCUGAACCCAGUUUAGCUAAACUGCAACGAGAUCCUCAUGGUAAUAAUUUUCCAGAAGCUAUAACGUUAUUAGAAGCAAGCACACCCCAGCCCUCGCAACGCACCACUUACGGAGGUGGUCUUAAAACUAUUACUGGAGCUUCAAAGCCACAAUUACUCUCCGUGGCGCCUGAUACAUAUCGACAAGCUGUAUCAAUGGACUGUCCGAGAUCCUCAAGAAUACAUGGUGAAAACGAUGAAAAUGAAUCGGUGGAAUCAGCAACAAAAUCUAACCUCCAGCCAUCGGAUAUAAAUAGGUUACAAACAUUGACUUUCCAAACGUCAUGUGCUACUAGCUCAAGUGGUUCUAUGUCAGUAGAUAUUUAUCUCCCCCAAGGAGCUGUCACUCUAAAAGUGCAUGAUGAAAUGAAAAAUCAAAAAAGAUCUCCUCUUAAACCAGAGUACUCUGAUGAUAGCAGGUGUACCAAAUUCAGUCAACACAGUGAUAUGCAUUCGUUUGGGGACGAUGAACUUUUUUUAUCAACUGAUUUAGAUGACAGUGUCUUCACUAAUCAAGAACUUUCUUCAACCCCACAAAUAGUUCUUGAUUCUUUGGAAUCAAAAGGUAAUGAUCAAUCAAAUCAGAGUUAUUCAGACAAUCAUUCAAUUUCUAGCAAAGAUAAAACCACUGUUGAAAUGUGGGCAUCAAAAUGUCACACUUCAUUUAGUAAUACUGAAAAUAAAUCAGAAUCCAUGGAAGUUCAAACACCAGGCACCUGUUCAGUCUACUCCAAUUUUUCUACAAAUUUUUCUUUUGACUGUUCAGAAAAGGACUCUCCAGGUCUUAGUAUAGAAUCAGUGAUUUCAAAUCCCUUUUCAUCUCGCAUAACGAGUCAAUUUUCUCCAACGCAAACUGAUAUGAGUUUAGUAAAUAUCAGUUCUCUAAAUUCUAUGGGAUCUUCACAAGAUAUCAAUUCACCACUCGUAUUUUGCGGAAGCCCUUCUACCUCUGAUGCCUUUGAUUACAGUCAGGAAACAAUCGCAAAAGAGAAAAAGGCUCAGGAAAGUAUGAGUGCUAUGAAAUCUCAUGGUGGAAUGAAGUAUGAAAAUACAAAACGUAAAGUUCACUCAGUCUCUGAGUCAGUUCGAAAACACGUAUCGAUUACUUUAGAACCAGAUCAAGUUGAAAAAGGACCGAAAAGUAGCCCAAGAAAACACAGUUCUUUGGAAUCAGCUCAAAUACAAACAAGAUCCCAAACUAGAGCUUCUGGAAGUCCAAAAAGACAUCAACAUUCCUUAGAAAGCUGUAACGUAAAAAUUCCUGAGGAUACAUUAUUUGCGUCAACUCAACGAUUUCUUAGCCCCAAGCCCUCAUCUCCAACUUUACCAUCACCAGCAGCUUUUUCUCCAAGGAAAACUAGAUCUGAAAGUCUGCCAGAAAGAAGAGCACCUUCCAUCAAAAGAUUUCCUCUUCUUCGACAAGGUGCUUUAGAUUCAUUUGCUGAAGAAGGGGGAUCAACGCAUAGACUAGAUCGCUCUCAAACUCAAAUUUCCCCGAAGGAUCCAUAAUUACUUAAAAAAUCUCUUUUAACUAAUUUAAUUUGUUACUGGUUCUGUGAUACACUAAAUGGCAAAAGUGACUAAGAUAAAUGUGCCAAGUCCAUUUAGAUUAAUAUUUUGUCUUUUAACAUCUUUUGUCAAUUUUUUAUCAGUAACACUUGAUGUAAAGAUCACUAGUGUUAAAUAUACCUGAAAUUUGAUGUUACUUAUAUGAGCAAACCUCUAUCUAAAAUUGAUCAUAUUAUGUGCUUUAAAAACAAAGCAUAUUUUUUUCCAUAUUUUAAUAUUAUUGAUAUGAGUUUUUAUUACUCUUCAAAAAGACUUUUUUCAAUCAAAAUCACAUCCUGUCCAUCCAUUUUAUCAUUCAUUUUUAAAGAAAGUUUUUAUUAACUCUUUUUUUAGUACUUUACCUUGAUGCGUUUUUUAAAAAAAGUGCUCACUAUGAAAAACUAUUACAACUUUGACCUUUUUAUGAAAAAAUUUCUGCAUGUUAAAUUGACUGUGCGUUAAAAACUGUUUAAAAAGCAAUAUCGUUUUAGAAUUUUCACAAAAGGAUUCAUGGUAAAAUUCAAAACAAAUUUUCCAAAAACUAUUACUUUUAUACAUUAAAUUACUUUAAAAAAUAUUUCGUUACAGAAUUUUUAAAAAAUAUUCGUGAUAAAUUCGCAGAUUUAUUUUCCAAGAAUAAUGAUUCAGAAGGAAUAAAAAACAAAUCAAUGAAAUCGCAUAAAAAUUACAUCGUUCAGAACAAAUCAAAUGCCAUUAAAGAUUAAUUUAUCAUCAAAUUAUAAGAACUUAGUAAUUAGAAUAUUUAGAAAGCGAUAUUUACGAAGGUGAACCAACCCUUAAAAAUAAUUUAAUAUCCCUUCCUUUUAUUUUCCUCCUGUUUUAAGAAGCUCUGACUCAUGUUAGUGCGUUGACUAUCAUUGAAAUCAAAACUAAUUUUAAUGACCUUAUCUAAAUCAUGUUUAAAGUCAGCAUAGGUUUUAAAAUGACUAAUCACUAUGAAUAAAAUAAUAUCUAGUUUACACUUUAAAAAAUUCCGGAUGAAAUCAAAUUUUACGGUAAAAAGGUAGUUUUUACCAUAAAAUUCCCUUUCACCGGAACAUGUUUAGGAACAUAAAAUCUAAUAUACCGUAAAAUAUUCACUCUAAUUAAAUAAAUAACUCUACUUAAAUAUCGCUGUAAAAAUUACAGUAUAAUAUUUUACGUAAAAAAUUGAUUUUACGGUAAUAUGGAUUUGGAUGUUGGAUGCUCCAAAAGUGCCGAUACUUUAUACCGUAUUUUGACCCGGAAUUUAUUAAAGUGUGGUAAUUUUACUUAUGGAAAACUAUAAUGAAGACAGAGUUUAUUGUAAAUAUUUAAGAAUAAUACAAUUAAUAUAUAAUCCAUGUUGUUAAAUAUAUAUAUAUGUACAAAA